AUGGAACCAAGGAACAAUGUAACUUACUUUGUCCUCCUGGGCCUCACUCAGAAUCCAAAGGAACAGAAACUACUUUUUGUUAUGUUCUUGUUCUUCUACAUUUCGACCCUGAUGGGCAACCUGGUCAUUAUCGUGACUAUAACUGUCAGUAAGACCCUGAACUCACCGAUGUACUUUUUUCUUGCUAGCUUAUCAUUUAUGGAUGUCACUUAUUCUUCUUGUAUUACACCUAGAAUGAUUUCAGACUUAUUCUUAGGGGAAAAAAUCAUAUCAUUUGAAUCUUGCAUGACUCAGUUGUUUACAGAGCACUUUUUUGGUGGAUCAGAGAUCAUCAUUCUGCUGGUGAUGGCCUACGACCGCUAUGUGGCCAUCUGUAAGCCCUUGCAUUAUUUGGUGAUCAUGAGGCAGAGGGUGUGUGUUGUGUUGCUGGCGGUGUCCUGGGUUGGAGGCUUUCUGCACUCAAUUAUUCAACUCAGCACUGUUUAUGGGCUCCCAUUCUGUGGCCCCAAUGUCAUAGAUCACUUUAUGUGUGACAUGUUCCCUUUAUUGAAACUUGUCUGUACUGACACCUAUAUCAUCGGCAUCUUAGUGUUGGCCAAUGGAGGACUGAUCUGCACUCUUGGUUUUCUGCUCUUACUCGUCUCCUACGGAGUCAUCCUGCACUCUCUGAAAAACCUGAGUCAGGAAGGGAGGCGGAAAGCCCUCCAGACCUGUGGUUCCCACAUCACUGUGGUUGUCUGCUUCUUUGUUCCCUCUAUAUUUGUAAAUGCAAGACCUGCUAAGACCUUCCCCAUUGACAAAUCAUUGAGUGUGUUUUAUACAGUCAUCAGUCCCAUGCUGAACCCAUUAAUCUACAGUCUAAGAAAUUCUGAGUUAAGUAAUUCCAUGAAGAAGGUCUGGAGAAGGAACAUCAUAGCUCAUUUUAAAUAA